CAGGAAACUUCAAGAAGAAGAAGAGGCAGCUUGUACAUGCCUGAUUGCUGCAGGUGUGCUGGCUGCUAGAAGCUGCAGGGCUCUCCACAUCUGAGCUCAUUUGAACACACCACCCACUCCUUUUUGGCACUUUGUGGUAAAAACCCCAAAAUGUCUCUGUGAGAAAACAUGAAUGCUUUACUAAAUUUGUCCUUGUUGGAGCUGAAUUCCAGCAGUGCUGCUGACUCCCAAAGGAUCAUGCAGUUUCACCACCGCUCAGUCAAGGUGAGCAUCAUCAUCGUUUUGGGGGUGAUGAUCACUUUGGGUAACAUCGCCGUCCUCCUGGUGAUCACGUCGUCUGUGGCCGGCUGGUCGAAGAGCUCCAGAUUCUUCCUGCUUUCCCUCACAGCUGCAGACUCCGCCUUUGGGCUCCUGGUCAUGCCCUUAAACCUGUGGGUGAGUCUGGUCAAGGAUUACACAGACGGGCCAGACUGGCUGUGUCACAUGGUGGCCUUCUGCAAUGCUACAGUGUACUCUACCUGCAUGUACACACUGGCUGCCAUUAGCCUGGAGAGAUGCAUUGCAGUGGUUUACCCCCUCAAGUACUCUUCCUUAAUGACUAGAAGGAGGACGCUGCUCCUUAUUGCCUUCUCUUGGUGCUUCCCACCAUGCAUCCUGUUGCCAAUAACCUUCCCAGGGGAUGUCAUCCAAGUCCACUUUUCCACCGCGUCACUGGUCUGCAAUCUGUCCUAUUCCACCAACGUGAUCUACUCUCUAAGCCUGACCUGCUUCAUCUUCUUUCCGUGCUCCGUUGUCAUGAUCUACGCCAAUAUGAGGUUGUGGUACGCUGCCAGGACGCAGAGACGCAAAAUGCGGCAGUUUGAGCAUGUGCGCCGCAGGAGACACAAUGUGGCCUCCAGAGUGUUGGUGCCUGUCAUGGUGGCUUACUUCACUUGCUGGACACCGUGCAUGAUAGCCAUGAUCUACAACGCAAUCUCAGGAAGCCAUGUGCCAGAGUGGAUAGAAUUUGUGGUAGUAUGGCUGCCGACGUCCAAUGGUUUCCUUAACUGCAUCUUCUAUUUCUGGAUCAACAAUAGCUUCCGUCGGAAAUUCUAUCUGGUUAUAGAGAGGCUGGCUCGUGGCCUCUGCCCGGCUUUGGUCAAACCACUGGGACUCCAUUCAGAGUCUCCAUUUUCAUCAGGAACGCUUAAUAACAACAAUAGUGCCCAUGAGCGAUCGGCGAGUGUUUCUUCCACCUGUACAGUGAUGACAUUGGCCUAGCAGCUCUUCACCCUAGGAGAGUGCUUUUAUAAGACAGAAGCCACUUCACUCGGUGGUGCAUAGAAAGGGGACAUGUGCUAUGGGCCACCUAGUUGCUUUGCAAAUGGUUGGACGCCCGCACUUGACAAGGAUGAAAAGUGCAUGAAUUAACUGCAGAUAUCCACUGUAUAAUUUAAAAAUAAUUGUAUGUACUUUUUGGUUUGCUUCCUUUUUAUUUACUUUUUAUGAACUUUUGUUCCGUUUUCUAAUGUCUGUGGAUAUUUUUGUUUUACCCCCUGCACGCAAAGAUUGAGUGCACUCUCACUGACCACCUCUUAAACCACCUUUUAGUAGUUUUAGAGUAAUGCCGCAGCCCCGUCUGCCUCCUUCCACACCUCCCAUAUUUUCAAACCUUAUUUUACACACUGCUACAAACUCCGCUUUUAAUGAUAUCACAUUCUGAAUGUUUGUUGCAGUCAAUUCAUUUGACAUUAAUCAGUGAAUCCCAAAAAAGAUAUUUACACAUUUUUGUGAGCCAUUUGUUAUUGCAAGCACUUUGACGCAUCUUUGCUAUCCACCUGUUCCUCAUUUUUAUUACAGGAAGUGCAUGGAUGACAUUGGCAUAUUAACAGCUGGGAGAAGUUAACCUUUAAGUCACGGCAUUGGAGCAUAUGCAAGGAGAAAAGUAAUUAAGCUGCGACACUGCAGAAAGGUCACCACAGGUCUGCUGCCAGAAGAUAAGUUGGGUAACUUCUGAGGUUGUUUGUUUUGCUAUGAGCCUGCUCAUCUCUCUAUCUCAUGUGUGCCAGAGAGGGAACAGCAUCAGAGGAGGCUGCUUGUAAUGCAAAAUGAGGCGUUCAACAAUGAAACAUUUAGAAUGAUUUUAUGCAACAUUUUAACCACGGGCUAUCAUGGGGAAAUUCAAUCGACCGUCCCCACAUAGUAAUCAUCUCUUACAUCCGCAUCCUAUAAAUGUCAAUGUGUGAGCUGAACAUUGAAACUGAUUUUGUUAUUUUUGUUUGUAAUACAAAGAAUUACAUUUUUGAAAACAUGGGUUUAUGAAUGAUCUAAUAAAUAAAGUAUUAUGCCUUUUGAA